CGCGGACGCCAUGCAAAAAAAGUAUAUUUUUUUCGAUACUCAAGAUCUCAACUCUUUGCACGACAUAUCUAUGAUUCUUAGUAAUAGCCUGUUGGUUGAAAACGCUUCGGUUUCUGUUCCCCCCUAUUCCUUGUCCAUGUUGAUCAACAUCCCGAAUAACGUCGCGUAUCUAGAAGGCGAGGUUCUGUACAUUAAAGGGAUAAAUCCGCUAACGGAUCUCAUAAGCUAUAUCAAGUUCAUACACAAUCUCCUAGAACCGUUCAAGCUGAAGUUCGUUCUGAAAGAGACAAUCGUACUUCCUAAAAGAAGCGCUCUUCAAGCCUUCGAGAAGGACAUCAUCAAAGUCUACAGACUCAGAAGCGUCUUCUCUGCGAAUCUCGAAAGAUGCAUGAACCAUUUGCUCUUUAAAAAAUUCGAAGAGGUUGUUUUCGAACACAGCUAUAAAAUGUGCAUUGAUGAUGACAAGACGCAAUUUCAACCGCUAAAAACAUUCGAAUACGCCUGCGUUGGCGGGACUUUUGAUCAUUUUCAUUUGGGCCACCAGCUGUUGUUGACGGCCUCCCUAUGCGUGACUUCCAAGAAGUUGCUGAUAGGGGUCGCCGACGGGCCCCUUCUGGAUAAAAAAGAGUACAAAGAAUACAUACAGCCGUACGAGAUCCGGUCUUCCGUUGUAGAGGCGUUCUGCAAGUUGGUGUGUCCUGAGUUGACCGUCGACAUACAAAGAAUUUUCGACCCAGUUGGCCCGGCUGCUACAGAGGAAAAACUACAAGCAUGUAUACUGUCAAUGGAAACUGAAAAGUCGAUCAACAUGAUUAACGAAGCUAGAACCAAAAAUAGAUUAGCGCCAAUUCAGGCCUGUACUAUAGAGCUAGUGAACGAUAGGGCUGACUCCCCCAGCUCUAUACAAAGCAAGAAAAUAUCAAGCACUUAUUUCAGAAUGAAAGAAGCAAGCAACGCAGAAAUUGCCCGACGCGAAUAG